AUGGCCGAGGAACUCAAGUACGGCAACGCCAAGUACGUGUUUCUGACGGAUUUCGAUGGUACCAUCACGCUUCUGGACUCGAACGACCACAUGGUCGACACUGUGGGCAUGGGCUACGAGAACCGGCGCAAGAUCAACGACGACAUUGUCGCGGAGCGCAAAAACUUCCGCGAGGGUUUCCGCGAGAUGAUGCAGUCUGUCAAGCGGCCCUUGUCGGAGAUGGAAGAGCUGGUACGCCGCGACGUGAAACUCGACCCUGGCUUCAAGGAGUUUUACGCAUAUGCGAAAUCACACGACGUUCCCGUGAUUAUUAUCUCGUCCGGCAUGGAGCCUAUUCUCCGCUCGAUCCUCUCUAAUUUGAUCGGCGAGAAAGAUGCUCAUGAGAUUGACAUCAUUUCGAACCAAGUCCGGUUUACCGACCCUGAGCAGAAGGGCACAACGUGGGAAAUUGUUUACCGUCACCCCGACAACCCGUUCGGCCACGACAAGUCGCUGAGCAUUCUCCCCUACCGCCAGAUGGCCAACUCGCCACUUCUUUUCUUUGCCGGUGACGGCAUUUCGGACAUGUCCGCGGCACGCCAUGCAGACGUGCUCUUUGUAAAGGACAAGCAAGACAACGACUUGGCCACCUACUGCAACAACAACAACAUCAACUACCACCUGUUCAAGGACUGGAGUGUUCCCAAGAAAAUGCUACAGGAUCUUAUCGAAGGCAACGUACAGACCGACCAGAUCAUUACCAGCCGUUUUUCGUAG